CUGCUGAUGACUGACAGCCGGACUUACCUCGGAACAAAUUUUCCCGACAAUGCGACAUAAAAAUCCAUCCAUCCAUCACAUCACGUCAGAAUACUCUAAAAAAGGAUAAAUUAAAGCACAAAUUGUGAUAACAUUGUAAUAUUAUGCCAUACUGAUUACAAUUUUUAAAAGUUAAGACAUUGAUUAAAUAUUGAAGUGUUUGUACAACUGUUUCAUGUGUGAUGUGUUAGUGCUCAUUCUUGAAGCGUAAAACUGCUAAACAGUCUCAAAUUGGACCGAAGGACUCGUAAUUGGGCAGCUCGUUUAGCCGGCUCGGUGCGUAGUGCGUGCGACACUUGAUAUUCGUUGAAAUUGGUGAAUUCUAUUGCAUCCCAAUAUAUCGUAUGCGAGCCUGACCCGCCGCCUGUACGAUGUUUCGCAACGCGCUACUCCGCCGGCUGUUACGAAUUUCCCUCUUCAAUUAAGUGCAUAAAAAAGUUAUGAUUUCAUGAGUGACUGCCCGGAAGAGAUUUCCUUCGACUGGAAGACUUUCCUUUCACCCAAUUCCCUCUGAACCAUUCCAAUUUCGAAUUCCUUCUUGCAUUCCUUUUACAUAGAUUUCAUAGCUUAGAUAUCGAAAUUCGAACAGGACGCGCACGUGCGUCGCGUUCGAAUUCUCGACAUCGAAUGACCGCGUGAGGGUAGCUCCACUCCUAUUAAUGUCCGCCAUGUUUUGACGAUCCUCACGAUGAGUUCCUCCCCAGCAGUGGAGCCUCCUUCCCCCUCCACCACUCCGUCGUCGCCGGCGCUGAGGUCGGAGAUACAGUUCACACACACAUCCACGCCGAAUUAUAUCGGAAAGAAGCAGCAUCAGCCUUUGAGCGUCGUGCUCCCACCAGUUGCUCCCGUCACUCCACCCACUUACGGCGAACCUACCCUCACCCCCCCGCCGCGCUCGCCCGGCGCCGCGGCCACCCCCGCCUCAGGUGACGGCCGCAACCAUCCGCCCGACGGCACCUCCUCCGAUAAGUCAUCGGAAACAGCUGUGGGUGGGAUCUCUCGCGCUACAUCGACUGCACUGUCUAGAAAAGAGAGUUACAAAGCGCAGAGGCAACACUACAGGAAAGAAAAGAAGAGAGCAGCCUCAGCCCUGUUGCAUUCCAUAGAGGAUCCUUCUGUGGUGGUGCUCGCUGAUUGGCUGAAGGUCCGUGGGUCGCUCAAGUCUUGGACCAAACUAUGGUGCGUGCUAAAACCUGGACUACUUCUGCUGUACAAAAGUCCUAAAGCCAAGAGCAGCCACUGGGUGGGAACAGUGUUGCUGACCUCGUGUCAAGUAAUUGAGAGACCAAGCAAGAAGGACGGGUUCUGCUUCAAGCUCUAUCACCCUCUAGAACAGAGCAUCUGGGCGCCUAGGGGACCGCACAACGAGACUAUAGGCGCAGUGGUACAGCCGCUUCCCACAGCGCAUUUGAUAUUCCGCGCGCCGUCCCAAGCGGCCGGUCACUGCUGGCUCGACGGGCUAGAGCUGGCACUGAGAUGCACCAAUGCUAUGUUAAGAUGUUCCCGCUCCCGGCCCGAACAGACAGUCCCUUCAGACACGCCCACCACACAAACCAAUAUAUCCCACGAAGAGUUGGAAAAGCAUUUCAACGAGCACGAGUUGGCAGGCGCCGCGUCAGAUUCUGAUAGCGACGCGUCGCGGUCAGGCAUGCCUGACGGACAGAAGGUGAUGGCCAUCACCAGGAAGCAAGAGAUAUUGGCACGGAUCGACAGCAGUUAUAUAGAGGACACGAAUCGGGAGACUGGUGCGGCCGGCGAGCUGGUGGAAGAAGUGGCUGAAGAGAACAAAUCCCUCCUCUGGUUUCUGCUCAAACAGGCGCGGCCAGGCAUGGACCUGUCCAAAGUCGUCCUGCCCACCUUCAUACUGGAGCCACGAAGCUUCCUGGACAAAUUAUCGGAUAACUACUACCACGCUGAUAUUUUGGGACAGGCCAAAUACAUAGAAGACCCCUAUCUCCGCUUCAAAUGCGUGCUCCGAUGGUACCUCUCUGGCCUCUACAGAAAGCCUAAAGGGUUGAAGAAACCAUACAACCCCGUUCUAGGGGAGGUGUUCAGGUGCUUCUGGAUGAAUAGGGAGAACGAUAGCCGCACAUACUAUGUAGCUGAGCAGGUGUCUCAUCACCCGCCGGUGUCUGCUUUCUAUGUGUCCAACAGGAAAGAUGGAUAUGUCAUAGAAGGCAGUUUGCUGGCCAGAUCCAAGUUUUAUGGUACUUCCACAUCCGCCAUAUUGGAAGGUUGCGCGAGAGUGCAUCUCUUGCAGUGGGACGAGACCUACAUCACUACGGCACCUUAUGCUCACUGUAAAGGCAUCGUCAUGGGAACCCUCAGUAUGGAACUUGGGGGCAAGGUGCAUAUUAUGUGUGUGGAGACUGGAUACCAAGCUGAAGUGGAAUUCAAACUGAGGUCGUUCUUAGGCAGUGCGGACCAAACUAACGCCAUUUCCGGUAGAAUCAAGAAAGGCAAGGAGACUAUAGCUACUGUGGAGGGAUACUGGGACGGCAAGAUCGAUAUAAGGGACAAGAGGAAUGGGGAGGAGUCGAACCUCCUAGACGUGGCCGUGUUAAAGGAGCAGCGUAUGGCCCGAUACCUGGUGCGGCUCGACUGCCAGCACGAGUACGAGUCGCAGCGGCUCUGGGCAAAGGUCUCCGACGCCAUACAGAACAACGAUCAGGUGGCAGCUACUGAAGAGAAGACCGUAGUUGAGGAGGCUCAGCGAGCUCGCGCCAGAAACCUCGUGGCGACAUGGGUGCCGCGAUACUUCCAUAAGGACUUCCAUUUACAACCCCCAGAGGGUUUAAUCGAACAAGGCUGGCGAUACAAUCACGUGAAUAUUUCCCCGUGGCAACCUGACGAGGAGUUGGAGUACGAAGACAGCUUCGUCAUAUCCACUCUGAGGGCGUUGGAGUCGAGGAGCCCAGUCGAGAGUCGAACCCGCGACCCCGUGAGGGAAUCCAGAGCUUCCGAUUCUGAUAGUAGAGACGAACACGCUAGGCCUAAAACUACCACGCGAACGCUGAAAAAAACCCUAUACUCCAUAGAGUCUACGCUCCGAGAACACACUAAUGCCAUAGAGAAACUAUCGAGAGCAGUGGAGUCUCUAUCGGAAGGGCAUAGACAAGCAGUAGCUUUCAGACCGCAAAAUGUGGGGAGAAUCCCUACCACUUCACAUUCUUGGGACCUGUUCGGUGGAUUCGUUCUAGCCAUAGUGUUGCAAGCAUUAUUAAACUGGUUAUUCUACCAGAAAGACUGAAAAAGUUGAAAAUUUAUUUACAAUAUACACAUAUAAAUAUGUCUAUAUCUAUAUCUUGUUUGUGGUUCACGAUAUGAUAUGAAUAAGUAAAUGACUUGAAAUAUGAAAGCCGCGGAAAUGCAAGAGAUUCAUGCUACAAAGUUCCAGUGAUGUAAGUUUGUUUUAAUUACAAGUUUUUGUAUGAAACCGAUAUUAUUUAUUUACUAAAUAGAUAUUAUAUUGUUCUGUUAAAGAAAAUGAUGUGAGUUUUGAAUGAGAAUGCUAUAUUUUUAAUGUCCCGUGGAAUUGACAUCGUAAUACGAUAUGACAGAGUGAUUUAUUAACUAAACAACAACUGAGGUGCUGGCGAACGAAACGGUAUAAUAGGGGCGAUGACGGACAAAGUUAUAGCGCGUCAAAGUUUGGGAGUAGGGCCUCGUGACGUCACUUAAGUGAAAAUUGUACCAAAACGUGACGUGAUGCGACUUUUCAAAUCAAUAUAUCUCUGCAAUGUUUAUAUUAUGUGAAAAAAGCAAAAAAAUACGUGUCCAAUAGUUUUUGAUCAUCGAACGAAAAGCGAAGAAAAAAAAAUAGUCAUCAUCCCUAUUACGCAUCUGGUCAUACUAUUUUUUUUUACAGUCCGGAGGUUUCGGGCCCGUUGAAUUUGAAUCUCAAACAAUUUUCAAUCAAAACCGCCUAAAACAAUUAAAAUUACUAAAUUUAUAAAUUUAAAAACCAUGCCAAAAGCUCACUGGAGGUAUGUCAUUCAGUUUUAUACGGUUCCUGUAAAAUUUCAUCAUCAGCCUAUUAAUGUCCCCACUGCUGGGGCACGGGCCUUCCCUAUGGAUGGAAUAGGGAGAUUGGGCCAUGACCCACCACGCGGGCCCAGUGCGGAUUGGUGGGUGCUAACGACUGCAGAUGCAGCCGGGACCAACGGCUUAACGUGCCUUCCGAAGCACGGAGGAGCUCGAAAUAGUAAUUUUUGUUCACCCAUCCAAUGACCAACCACCGCGAAAGUUGCUUAAGUUCAACGAUCGCAGCCGAACGCGCUAACCACUUGCGCCAUCGAGCUCCUCAAAAAUUCCUCCUGUAAAAUUUAAUUUUAUGUAAUUUUACCGUUUUUUUUCAGUUCUCAAUUCUUUGUCCAUAUUUUGAUUUUGACAUUUGAUAUGUUAAUCAUAGAUUUAAUGUAAAAGAACAUUGUUUUAACAUUAAUUUCUUUUUUUUUUUGAAAUAACUCAGAACAAAAAUUAUUGAUAUAAUGAUAUGAUAAUAUUUGAGCGUACUCUCCCAUAGGCAAUAAAUUAACGAAAAGAUUUCCAAACAAAAUAUUACCACACCAAAGAGUUUUAGUUUCGCGUUCGGCUGCGAUCGUUGCAGUUAAGCAACUUUCGCAGUGGUCGGUCAUUGGAUGGGUGACCAAAAAUCUUCUAUCUUGAGUUCCUCCGUGUUUCGGAAGGCAUGUUUAGCCGUUGGUCCCGGCUGCAUCUGCAGUCGUUAGCACCCACCAAUCCGCACUGGGCCCGCGUGGUGGGUUAUGGCCCAAUCUUCCUAUUCCAUCCAUAGGGAAGGCCUGUGCCCCAGCAGUGAGGUCAUAAAUAGGCUAAUGAUGAUUACCAGGUUGCAUUUGAUAUUGGAUAGCUUUACGAACUGUCAAAAUAUAAUGGAUUUAAAUUUAAUUUGACUGUUACUUAAUGUUAAAAUCGCUAUGUCAUAUCGUAUUCCGAUGGUACUAUAAUAUACUCACUCCAAUUAAUACUAUGUGGCUAAUGCAAUAUUUUUCUUUGUUAUUGGAAAACCGCCUUUCUUACUAUCACAAUAACAGUUAUUUAAAUUUUGACAUUAUUUGAAACCUUUAUUUUCGAACGCAUCAAACUGAGUUUUAACAUCUUUUAAAUUGACUUAAUACCGUAUUUGAGUUACUAAUAAAGUUCACUUUCGUAUGACACGGAAAAUGUACAUUUCCCAUGUUGAAGCCAUUUUGGUUGAUAUAAUUUGACACUUAUUACGUGACAGUAAAGGUUAUAUUCGUUUAUCAUCAUUGCUUUUACUUGUUUAAUAUAAUAGAUUCUAUCUUUACGUCUUAUAGGCUAUAAUGGCUUGAGCUUUAAAUGUGUUAUACGAAACUCGUAUAAACAAUCAACAUGCAUUGUAAGCAAUUAUAGUCCUUAAUACGUAUUCGCUUUUUAUAAACUUGACAACAUGAAUGAAAUGAAUGAAUGAAUGAAUGAAAUGACAACAACUGUCCUUAUCAUGCUUUAUAAGCAAUGAAAAGGACAGACUGAUGUCAAGUUUACAAAUACCAUACACGAAUAGCCAAGUUAAUUUGUGCCGGCAUAAAAUUUUAGCAAGGUUCAGUUGUGUCAGCAUAGCUUAUGAAUUUAUAAACAAUUGUUUUUUUAAAUAAAUUCUUUCUACUUUCAACUGAAAUUCUAAAAAAGAAAGAUCAUUGGCUUAAAAUUUUCUUUUUGAAACUAAUGUUAGUAUGUCGAAUUUGAUAAAAAUAAGCUAACCUUUAUCUAUAUAAUCAACGAUAUUAAAAACCCUACUUACACCACGUGCGUUCAAAAUGUGUCCCAAUCAAGAAGUGCUUGAACAUCAUUCAAGCACUUCUUGGUUCACAAUCACGCGCGGUCCGUUAAAAAGUCAACAUGCCGCAGAGCUGCGUGAAAAAAUCCGAAGAUAAUACUUAUAGUACUUAAAGUGUCGUUUUUUCGACAGGUAUCUAAUCAAUGUUAGUCAAUUUUACGCAUUUGAAGCAAAUUUGAGUUCUGAUCUGAUUACCGACUAUAAACUAAUUUGGUAGAAUAUAUUUAUGAUAUUCAAAUGCAUAGUCGGGUAUUUACACGUCUCGCGCACAGAUACGAAAUCUGCUAUAUUGCUAACAGCGCAUUUAGUCAAAGAAAUAAGGUGUAUAUUCUUCCGCCUGUGGCAACAAGUCGUAAAAUUUUACGAGCUUGCAUUUGGAACCUCAUAACUCUUUGACGCAUGCGUUUAAAUUGAGACCUUAUAUACUAUGCAUUAAAGGUGACUUUGGAUGUUUAAAUAAUUCCUUAUAUUGUUUUGGACUACGCGAUCAUCUCGCGAAAUUCCGUGGAUCGUCCAAUGUACCUUUUGGACAGGUUUCGGCCACGAUUUUGUUCGUGUUGUUGUAUCUAGGGUUUUAUUAUCGGUGUUUAUAAUAUUAAAAAAAAUAUGCCAUUUUAGUUGGACAGCUUUUUCUAGUGACUUCUACUAACUAAUAAUGGACGUGCUUACAUUUCUAAAUAGGCGAUACAAAAAACAUUCUAAGAGCUUGCCCAAAUAUGUAGAAAUAUUAAAAUAAUUAUCUAAAUUAAAUUUAACUAUUUGUCUUUUUAGUUAUUUUGUUUAAUAAAAUUCAUAAUUUUAUGAUAAUAAAUAAAUGAAAUUAUAGAAAUGAGUAUUGAUUAAAAUUGACAAAUCAAAAGAUUUUCGAUUGCUAUGAGACAAGACAAAGUUUAAUUUCAAAAAAAAUCGAUUGGGACUUGCCAAUAUUCAGCUGAAUAUUUUGUGUUGCCACACUUGAAAAUAAACGAAUCAUAUUGAUAAAUACAUCGACCAAAAGUAGUUACCUAUGUAUGUAAUAAUAAUAUGUAAAAAGACAAAUUUAUGUGUUGUGCCCCCCUUGCGGUAUAUUCAUAUUUUUUUAUAUAGUAAAGAAAUACCCUACUUAAAAAACUACCAUUCGCCAAUGUUGCCAGUGUAAAAUAGAUAUUAGGAAAGGUAGAAAAUUACUUGAAAAAAUAUGUAUACACCGCAUCAUAGAUUAAAAUGAACAAAGCUUGACUUUAUCUGUGGAUAUAGUUUUGUGAAUCGAAUAAAUAAUUGUAUCUUAUGAAAGUAUGUAAAAUGAAUAAGUUAUAUUAUAAUAAUAUUAUAAUGAUAAUUACUAUAUAAAUUUAAUUAAUAAAUUGAUAGUGGAACAUUAAAGUUUGAGGUUAAAUUUAGCGGUUUGAGAGGUGAUUUUGUGAAGUGAUAUUAGGUAGUGGUUAAGCGUCGAUUUUUUUAGAACUAGCAACACGCUUUUUUGUGUUCUCGAUGCCGCGAUGGUACGUUCGUGUUCAUCUGGGAGUUGAAGAACACUCUUCCAUUAAGUGUCUUGGGCAAAAUUGUCAAGUUCGAAGGACAUAAGUAAUUUAAAAAAUGAUAUAUUUUUCAUUUUUGGAGUUUAUUGUAGUAUGCUGCUUUUCUCAACAGAUGUCGUUUUUAUAUAAUUGCGAAGUGAAUUUCGUUUAGUGUUGCGCAGCUGUUGAAUAGUAAAAAAAGUCCCUUUCCGUUUAAAGGAAUAAAAUGAGGACAGGUAACUGAAUGGAAAUGUCAAAUUUGAUUACAGCAGUUGUGUGUAGAAAGCAUAUAAUUGUUUCCCUUUAAAGUGACAUUGCAUUCACCACCCUUUUACGUCAGGAAUAAGAAUGAUAAUCGCUUGCUUCCUAUAAACGCCAUUUGACUACUUUCAAACUAGGAAAGGAAUUUAGCUAAUGUUUACGGAGCGAAAGCGAUAGCCAUAGAAAUUGCGUUAGGCGAUUGGCCCCCAGUACGAUAUUCGUAAGUUUUCCAGAAGCUUUAAACAUAUUUGUUCGUAUAUAAAAUAAGAAAUAACAGACUCCGCCAAUUAAAAUGCAACUCUGUGUACUAAUAUAUUUAGAGCUCCUUUAAAAUGAAAACCUCUUCAAAAUUUCAUCUAUCUCUCUCAUAAUAUAUCUUGUUUUUGUUUGACCACUGUUAUUUAUAUCUUGAGAUUUUUAUUUGUAUGAUAAAUAGUAUAUGAAUACUCUAUUUUAUUUAUAUAAAUGAAAAUUAUUUCAAAUUAUUUAUUCUAUGUGCAAUAUUGUGAAAUUGAAGUGUGUUAUAUGAAAAUUAUUUAAACAAUUUAAUUAUUAUAAAUUUUGUAAUGUAUUUAAAUGCCAAUUAACUCUAAAAGCAAACGGGGAAAUUUGAAAAAAAUUGGUAAUUUUUUUAUUCUGCGUAAGGAAGUACUUUUAAUUCACAUAUUUCUAUAUGUUAUAAUAAUAAUAUAUGACUACGUUACUGCCUUCCUGUUUCUAAGUCGAACACAUAACUAUAACACAUUUGGGUAUAGUUCUAAAGAUUUCUUGGUUUUUUAAACUCUGGACUGUAAAAUAUGUAUCAUUUGAAGUUUUAUUGGAAUUAUGUUAAGAAGCUCCAAGUAUAUUGACGUUUGUUAAUGUCAAAUUGAAUGGCAAAUUAAUUCAAGUUGAAAUUUGCCCAUUAGGUGAUGGAGUUUAAGUGAAUAAUAAUUAGAAUAUUUUUUAUCCAAUGUGUGUGUGUGUGUGUGUGAUUUAUGAUUUAUUAUUUAAUAAAAAUAAACAAAGAAAUUAUUCAAAUAGCUAUUUGAUACGACUUGCCAGAAAUUAACAUAUUGACCCAACUGUUUGUUCUUAAAACGUGUAGAAAAAGUAUUUUGACGAAGGAGGAUAUUAAAACAUAUUUAAAAAAAGAGAAAAAAGCGGCGCCAUUAAUAAUUAUGUAUAAAAUUUGUCGCAUAAAAAUUAGGCUAACAAAAAUAAAACAUUAAGUUUUGGCGGCAAACGACUGUGACGUCGCUACGCCAGUGUUGCCAACGCAAUAAAAAAGCUUCCAAAGUCGGAAUCUGAAAGAUAUUUUUGUGAAAUCUUUUUGCAUGAAUUCCGAAACGCGUGCACGAUGUGGCCAUCCUUCUAUUAUAAGUAUUAUCCAAUUUUACUGUAGUUAUAUUUUUGAUUGUACCAAUAAUUAUGGGAUACUGGAAUAUUUGCUCUGAUAAAACAAAUCUGUGCUAUUUUCUUCAAAUUAUAAUAGCGUUUAUUCGAACGCAGAGUGUAAUUCGGGGUUCACUCGCAGUAAACUUGCUGAGUCUCGAUUCAACUAAAACUAAGUUUAGCUUAAAUUGAGAUUUAGCAAAAUUCCUGCAAGUGGUCAGCCUUAGUAUAACAAUUGAAUUAUGUCAACGCCUACUAUGUCCUUAUUAUAAAUAAAUAAAUAAUAUUAACAAGAAAAUAUUUUCUAUGUUGAUUAUGUAAUGAAAUAUUCCAAGCAUUUAGAUAAAUUCUUAGAGAUUGUUGUUAUAUUUUGUUGUUUUACCAAGUGAUUAUAUUUUUUUCCAGAUCAAAUGUA